AUGGCUCAGGCAGCCAAGCAGCUGAAGAAGAUUAAAGAUAUCGAGGCUCAGGCUCUGCAGGAGCAAAAGGAGAAGGAAGAAUCCAACCGCAAGCGCAGGAAUCGCUCCCGGGACCGGAAGAAAAAGGCCGAUGCUGCAACCAGCUUUCUGAGGGCUGCGAGAUCCGGGAACCUGGACAAAGCCUUGGACCACCUGAGGAAUGGGGUAGAUAUUAACACCUGCAAUCAGAACGGGCUGAAUGCCCUGCAUCUGGCCUCCAAGGAAGGCCACGUGAAGAUGGUGGCUGAGCUGCUGCACAAGGAAAUCGUUUUAGAAACGACAACCAAGAAGGGGAACACGGCCCUGCACAUCGCAGCCCUGGCGGGACAGGAGGACGUGGUCCGGGAGCUGGUGAACUAUGGGGCAAACGUCAAUGCGCAGUCGCAGAAAGGCUUCACGCCCCUCUACAUGGCAGCGCAGGAAAAUCACCUGGAAGUCGUCAAAUUCCUGCUGGAAAGCGGCGCCAACCAAAAUGUAGCCACAGAGGAUGGCUUCACGCCACUGGCCGUCGCUCUGCAGCAGGGGCAUGAGAACGUGGUCGCCCACCUCAUCAACUAUGGGACGAAGGGGAAGGUCCGUCUGCCCGCCCUGCACAUCGCUGCUCGCAACGAUGACACCAGAACGGCUGCGGUGCUCCUGCAGAAUGACCCCAAUGCCGACGUCCUCUCCAAGACCGGAUUUACCCCCCUGCACAUCGCGGCUCACUAUGAGAACCUCAACGUGGCCCAGCUCCUGCUGAACCGCGGUGCUAGCGUCAACUUCACCCCACAGAAUGGGAUUACUCCGCUGCAUGUGGCCUCCCGCCGGGGCAACGUCAUCAUGGUGCGGCUGCUGCUGGACCGAGGGGCCCAGAUAGAGACAAGGACCAAGGACGAGCUGACUCCCCUGCACUGUGCAGCCAGGAAUGGACACGUGCGAAUCAUGGAGAUUCUGCUGGACCACGGGGCUCCCAUCCAAGCAAAAACCAAGAACGGCCUGUCGCCCAUUCACAUGGCGGCUCAGGGAGACCACCUGGACUGCGUGCGGCUGCUGCUGCAGUACAACGCUGAGAUCGACGACAUCACGCUGGACCACCUCACGCCGCUGCACGUGGCUGCGCACUGCGGGCACCACCGCGUGGCCAAGAUGCUGCUGGACAAGGGGGCCAAGCCAAAUGCCCGAGCACUGAACGGCUUUACGCCCCUGCACAUCGCCUGCAAGAAGAACCACAUCCGGGUGAUGGAGCUGCUGCUGAAGACCGGUGCCUCCAUCGAUGCUGUCACGGAGUCUGGCCUGACCCCUCUGCACGUGGCCGCUUUCAUGGGGCACCUGUCCAUCGUCAAGAGCUUGCUCCAGCGCGGCGCGUCCCCCAACGUCUCCAAUGUGAAGGUGGAGACACCCCUGCACAUGGCGGCCAGAGCCGGGCACACGGACGUGGCCAAGUACCUGCUGCAGAACAAAGCCAAAGUAAAUGCCAAAGCCAAGGACGACCAGACCCCGUUGCACUGCGCCGCACGCAUUGGCCACACGAGCAUGGUGAAGCUUCUGCUGGACAACAAUGCCAACCCCAACCUGGCCACCACAGCCGGGCACACCCCCCUUCACAUCACUGCCCGGGAGGGGCAUGUGGACACCGCCCUGGCACUGCUGGACAAGGAGGCCUCCCAGGCCUGCAUGACUAAGAAAGGAUUUACCCCUCUCCACGUUGCAGCCAAAUACGGGAAGGUGGACGUGGCCAGGGUGCUGCUGGAGCAUGAUGCCCACCCCAAUGCGGCAGGGAAGAACGGCCUGACCCCGCUGCACGUGGCUGUCCACCACAAUAACCUGGAGAUCGUGAGGCUGCUGCUGCCCAAGGGGAGCUCUCCGCACUGCUCAGCCUGGAACGGCUACACCCCCCUGCACAUUGCGGCCAAGCAGAACCAGCUGGAGGUGGCCAGCAGCCUGCUGCAGUACGGGGCCUCUGCUAAUGCUGAGUCCAUGCAGGGCGUGACGCCUCUGCACCUCGCUGCCCAGGAGGGACACGCAGACAUGGCGGCGCUGCUCAUCUCCAAACAGGCCAAUGGGAACCUGGGCAACAAGAGUGGCCUGACUCCUCUGCACCUGGUAGCCCAAGAGGGGCAUGUGCCAGUCGCGGAUGUUCUGAUCAGACAUGGCGUCACGGUGGAUGCAGCAACCCGGAUGGGCUACACCCCGCUGCACGUGGCCAGCCAUUACGGGAACAUCAAGCUGGUGAAAUUUUUGCUGCAGCACCAGGCAGAUGUCAAUGCAAAGACCAAGCUAGGGUACACCCCUCUGCAUCAGGCCGCGCAGCAGGGUCACACAGAUAUUGUCACGCUGCUGUUGAAGCACAGGGCCUCCCCCAACGAGGUCAGCACGAAUGGCACCACGCCCCUGGCCAUCGCUAAGCGCCUCGGCUACAUCUCUGUCACGGACGUGCUAAAAUUAGUUACAGAAGAAACCAGCAUCCCGUUGGUCAGUGACAAGCACCGCAUGAGCUUCCCUGAGACAGUGGAUGAGAUCCUGGAUGUGUCCGAGGACGAAGGCUCUGCUCAGGUCACUGUCAUGGGGGAGGAGCUGGCUGACCCCAGGCCUGAGAAGCAGGAUUCCAGGGAGCAGGAUGAGGAGAAGGAGAUGGAGUUUGUCCCCAAGCUGGAUCAAGUGGUGGAGUCUCCAGCCAUCCCGCGGAUCCCCUGCGUCACACCUGAGACCAUGGUGGUCAGACGGGAGGAGUCUGAGCAGCCAUCCAAGGAGUUUGAUGAAGACUCCCUAAUCCCCAGCAGCCCCGCGACAGAGACCUCGGACAACAUCAGCCCGGUGGCCAGCCCCGUGCACACAGGGUUCCUGGUGAGCUUCAUGGUGGACGCCCGUGGCGGCUCCAUGAGGGGCAGCCGACACAACGGGCUGCGAGUGAUCAUCCCCCCCCGGACCUGCGCCGCACCCACCCGCAUCACCUGCCGCCUGGUCAAGCCGCAAAAACUGACAACUCCACCGCCCCUGGCUGAGGAGGAGGGUCUGGCCAGUAGGAUCAUCGCGCUGGGGCCCGCUGGAGCCCAGUUCCUGAGCCCUGUGAUUGUGGAGAUCCCACACUUUGCGUCGUACGGGCGGCGGGAUCGGGAGCUGGUGGUCCUGCGCAGCGAGAACGGCUCCGUCUGGAAGGAGCACCGCAGCCGCUACAGCGAGAGCUACCUGGACCAGGUGCUCAACGGCAUGGACGAAGAGCUGGAGAGCCUGGAGGAGUUGGAGAAGAAGAGGAUCUGCCGCAUCAUCAGCACCGAUUUCCCCCUCUACUUCGUGGUUAUGUCCCGUGUCUGCCAGGACUGCGACCUGAUUGGCCCCGAUGGGGGGUGUCUGAAGAGUAUGCUGGUUCCCAUGGUGCAGGCCACCUUCCCGGAGACAGCCGUCACCAAGAGAGUCAAACUGGCUCUGCAGGCGCAGCCCGUGCCGGAUGAGCUGGUGACGAAGCUGCUGGGGAACCAGGCGACCUUCAGUCCCAUCGUCACCGUGGAGCCGCGCCGCAGGAAGUUCCACCGGCCCAUCGGGCUCCGCAUCCCGCUCCCACCCUCCUGGAAGGACAAUCCCCGGGACAGCGGGGAGGGCGACACCACCAGCCUGCGCCUGCUCUGCAGCGUUAUCGGAGGCACAGACCAAGCGCAGUGGGAGGAUAUCACAGGAACCACAAAGCUGGUCUAUGCCAACGAGUGUGCCAACUUCACCACCAACGUGUCCGCCAGGUUCUGGCUGGCGGAUUGCCCACGCACGGCUGAAGCCGUCCAUUUUGCCACCAUGCUGUACAAGGAGCUGACGGCCGUGCCCUACAUGGCCAAGUUCGUGGUGUUUGCCAAGAUGAACAAUGCACGGGAGGGGCGACUGCGCUGCUACUGCAUGACUGAUGACAAGGUGGACAAGACGCUGGAGCAGCACGAGAACUUCCAUGAAGUGGCCCGCAGCAGGGACAUUGAGGUGCUGGAGGGGAUGCCUCUGCAUGUUGAGCUCUCGGGGAACCUGGUGCCUGUCAAGAAGGCCACGCAGCAGCGCAGCUUCUACUUCCAGUCCUUCCAGGAGAACCGGCUGGCCAUCCCCGUCAAGGUGCGGGACAGCAGCCGGGAGGCAGGUGGCUCACUCUCCUUCCUGCGCAAGGCCAUGAAGUACGAAGACUUGCAGCAUGUCCUGUGCCACCUGAACAUCACCAUGCCACCAUGCACCAAGGGGACUGGCAGCGAGGAGCGAAGGAGGACUCUGACACCGUUGGCUCUGCGAGAGAGAUACAGCAUCCUCAGUGAGAGCACUCUGGGCUCUCUAAGCGGCACGGAGAAGGCUGAUGUGAAGAUGGCUGUUAUCUCGGAGCAACUGGGCCUCAGCUGGGCUGAGCUGGCCCGGGAGCUGCAGUUUGGGGUGGACGAUAUCAACAGGAUCCGGGUGGAGAACCCCAACUCCCUGCUGGAGCAGAGCGUGGCCCUGCUCAACCUGUGGGUCAGCCGUGAGGGCAAGAAUGCCAAGAUGGAGAAUCUGUACACGGCCCUGAGGAGCAUCGACCGCAGCGAGAUUGUCAACAUGCUGGAGGGCUCGGGCCGGCAGAGCCGCAGCCUGAAGGGCGACCGGCAUUACACUGACAAGGAUUAUUCCCUCUCGCCCUCCCAGAUUAAUGGUGAGUCCCUGGCACUCGGCUGUGAACCCACUGGGGACCCCAUGCUCCUGCGGGUUACCCUUCGCUGCAGGAUGAGCUCCUCUCCCCUGCCUCCCUGCAGUACACACUGCCGUCCCCGCUGCGUGCAGACCAGUACUGGAACGAGGUGGCCAUCCUGGACGCCAUCCCCAUGGCCCCCACUGAGCAGGACGCCCUGCUGGAGCUGUCCGACAUGCAGGUGUGGUCCUCAGGGCUCACCCCCUCGCUGGUAACUGCCGAAGACUCCUCCCUGGAGUGCAGCAAGGCCGAGGACUCGGACGCUGUGAGUGAAGGACGCUUCCCGGGGCAGCUGCUGGA